AUGAGAGGGAAGGAAAAAAUGAAGAGAGAUCUGGAAAAGGAAGAACGCAGGAAGAACCAUGAAGCCAGGAAGAUGCAUUACCUCCUCAGUACAGAGCAGGUGGCGGGUGUAUUUAACUCACCGUAUAGGCAGUAUCCUGACGAGAUGGAGUUUCGGCUACAGAGAGCCAGACCACUGAGCCAUCAAGACCUUCCAAAGAAGAGUAAUUACAAUGACAGCUUUGUUGAUUGGUUGGACUGUAGGCAUCUAUUUUCCUUUUCAACAACAUCACCCCUUCCUCCUAUAAACAAGAAGCCACAGGGGCCAUUCCGUGAUGUUGGUCAAGUACUACAGCAGCGUUACAGGCCACUGGAGCCUACCCUGAGAGUGGCCACAUUAUUCACUUCCGUGAAAAGAGCAAGAGAGGAAAUUAAACGGCAGGAGUGGGCAAAGGGCUUUCAGCAUGACAUAUUUGCUCCAUUGGCCAGUUUUCAAAAAUAUAUACCCUAUGAACCAUUAAUUCACACAUCCACUGAAUACAAGCGGAUCCCAUAUGGCAGUCAACGUUUUCGUGAUGAGGAUCCAAACACAUGGGUAACAAAAAAGGACUUCCAAGCCACUUUCACGUCUGUCCUACUUUUUGAUAAAUAUGGACGCAUGUAUUCCAAGGCAGGGCAAGCGGUCUAACUUCUCUUCUAC